ACGGAGGGAAGCGGGAGAUUUUUCUUGACUGCCCCCUUUCCUUCAAAGAUUUUAUAGGCUUCAGGGAGAGAGAGGAGGAGGAGAGAGGGAAGGAAAAAGAGGAGCGCGAGAGGGGUAGAGAGCGCGCGCCGCUGCCUCCCGAGUCCCCGAGCUGCCGGAGGAGUCUGGAUUGUGUCCCCAGUGUCAGAUGAAAGGGCGCUGAGGCUCGCGGCCGCCGUCCCGCGCCCCGCGCCGCGCACGCCCCUCUGCGAGCCCGGCCGCCGAGCGUCUCUCCGCGCCGGGGCGGCCGCUCCGUCUCCAGCGCGAUGUGGCCGCGCCUGGCCUUUUGUUGCUGGGGUCUGGCGCUCGUUUCGGGCUGGGCGACCUUUCAGCAGAUGUCCCCGUCGCGCAAUUUCAGCUUCCGCCUCUUCCCCGAGGCCGCGCCCGGGGCCCCGGGGCGGCUGCCCGCGCCGCCCGCGCCCGGCGAGGACGCGGCGGAGAGCAAAGUGGAGCGGCUCGGCCAGGCGUUCCGGCGCCGCGUGCGGCGGCUGCGGGAGCUCAGCGAGCGCCUGGAGCUCGUCUUCCUGGUGGACGAGUCGUCCAGCGUGGGCCAAGGCAACUUCCUCAGCGAGCUCAAGUUCGUCCGCAAGCUGCUGUCCGACUUCCCCGUGGUGCCCACGGCCACGCGCGUGGCCAUCGUGACCUUCUCGUCCAAGAACAACGUGGUGCCGCGCGUCGAUUACAUCUCCUCCCGCCGCGCGCACCAGCACAAGUGCGCGCUGCUCAGCCAAGAGAUCCCGGCCAUCACCUACCGCGGCGGCGGCACCUACACCAAGGGCGCCUUCCAGCAAGCCGCGCAAAUUCUUCGUCAUUCUAGAGAAAACUCAACAAAAGUUAUAUUUCUCAUUACUGAUGGAUAUUCCAAUGGGGGAGAUCCUAGACCCAUUGCAGCAUCGCUGCGAGAUUUUGGAGUGGAGAUCUUCACUUUUGGCAUAUGGCAAGGAAACAUUCGAGAACUGAAUGACAUGGCUUCCACCCCAAAGGAGGAACACUGCUACUUGCUCCACAGUUUUGAAGAAUUUGAGGCUUUAGCUCGCCGGGCAUUGCAUGAAGAUCUGCCUUCUGGGAGUUUUAUUCAAGAGGAUAUGUCCCAUUGCUCAUAUCUGUGUGAAGCCGGCAAAGACUGCUGUGACCGAAUGGCAAGCUGCAAAUGCGGGACACACACAGGUCAAUUUGAGUGCAUCUGUGAAAAGGGGUAUUAUGGGAAAGGUCUACAGUAUGAAUGCACAGCUUGCCCAUCAGGGACAUACAAACCAGAAGGUUCGCCGGGAGGAAUCAGCACUUGCCUUCCAUGUCCUGAUGAAAAUCACAGCUCUCCACCAGGAAGUACGUCCCCUGAAGACUGUGUCUGCAAGGAGGGAUAUCAGGCAUCCGGCCAGACCUGCAAAGUUGUCCACUGCCCUGCCCUGAGGCCUCCUGAAAACGGUUAUUUUAUCCACAACACUUGCAACAACCACUUUAAUGCAGCCUGUGGGGUCCGAUGUCACCCUGGAUUUGACCUCGUGGGAAGCAGCAUCCUCUUGUGUCUACCUAAUGGUUUGUGGUCUGGUUCAGAGAGCUCCUGCAGAGUAAGAACAUGCCCUCGUCUCCGCCAACCCAAACAUGGCCAGAUAAGCUGUUCUGCAGGGGAAAUGUCCUACAAGACCACGUGUUUGGUUACCUGUGAUGAAGGGUACAGACUAGAAGGAAGUGCUAAGCUCACCUGUCAAGGAAAUGCCCAGUGGGAUGGUCUAGAACCCCGGUGUGUUGAGCGCCACUGCUCCACCUUUCAGAAGCCCAAAGGUGUCAUCAUAUCCCCCCCUAACUGUGGCAGGCAGCCAGCCAAACCUGGGAUGAUUUGUCAGCUAAGUUGCCGCCAAGGGUUCGUUUUAUCUGGUGUCAGAGAUGAAGUGAGAUGUACCACCUCUGGAAAAUGGAGUGCCAAAGUUCAGACAGCUGUCUGUAAAGAUGUGGAGGCUCCUCAAAUCAACUGUCCUAAGGACAUAGAGGCUGAGACUCAGGAACAGCAAGACUCUGCUAAUAUCACCUGGCAAAUCCCAACAGCUAAAGACAACUCUGGGGAAAAGGUGUCAAUCCACGUUCAUCCAGCUUUUACCCCACCUUACCUUUUUCCAAUUGGAGAUGUUGCUAUCACAUACACAGCAACUGACCUAUCCAGUAACCAAGCCAGCUGCACUUUCCAUAUCAAAGUUAUUGAUGUAGAACCACCGAGCAUAGACUGGUGCAGAUCCCCACCUCCCAUCCAGGUCUCAGAGAAGGAGCAUGCUGCAACCUGGGAUGAGCCUCAGUUCUCAGACAACUCAGGGGCUGUAUUGGUCAUCACCAGAAGUCAUACACCAGGAGAUCUUUUCCCUCAUGGGGAGACUGUGGUGCAGUAUACAGCCACUGACCCCUCAGGCAAUAACAGAACAUGUGACAUCCACAUUGUCAUAAAAGGUUCUCCCUGUGAAGUUCCAUUCACACCUGUAAAUGGAGAUUUUAUAUGUACUCAAGAUAGUGCUGGAGUGAACUGCACAUUAAGUUGCCUGGAGGGCUAUGAUUUCACAGAAGGCUCUACUGAAAAGUAUUAUUGUGCCUAUGAAGAUGGUAUCUGGAAACCGCCAUAUUCCACAGAAUGGCCAGACUGUGCUAUAAAACGUUUUGCAAAUCAUGGGUUCAAGUCCUUUGAGAUGCUAUACAAAGCAACUCGUUGUGAUGACACCGAUCUGUUGAAGAAGUUUUCUGAAGCAUUUGAGACUACCCUGGGGAAAAUGGUCCCCUCAUUUUGUAGUGAUGCUGACGACAUCGACUGCAGACUGGAGGACCUGACCAAAAAAUAUUGCCUCGAAUAUAAUUAUGAUUAUGAAAAUGGCUUUGCAAUUGGACCAGGUGGUUGGGGCGCAGCUAAUAGACUGGAUUACUCUUACGAUGACUUCUUGGACGCCGUGCAAGAAACUCCCACCGGCAAAGCCAGAUCGUCACGGAUCAAAAGAAAUGCCGCGUUGUCUGACCACAAAAUCAAGUUAAUUUUUAACAUCACAGCUAGUGUGCCAUUACCCGAUGAAAGAAAUGAUACCCUUGAAUUGGAAAAUCAGCAACGACUCAUUAAGACAUUGGAAACUAUCACAAAUCGACUGAAAAGGACUCUCAAUAAGGAGCCCAUGUAUUCCUUUCAGCUUGCGUCUGAAAUGCUUGUAGCUGACAGCAAUUCCUUGGAAACAGAAAAGGCUUUCCUCUUCUGCAGACCAGGCUCAGUGCUGAGAGGGCGUAUGUGUGUCAACUGCCCCUUGGGAACCUAUUAUUCUCUGGAGCAUUCUGUCUGUGAAAGCUGCUUAAUGGGAACCUAUCAAGAUGAAGAAGGGCAACUCGAGUGCAAACUCUGUCCACCUGGGACUUCCACGGAGUAUCUCCAUUCAAGAAGCAGCUCUGAGUGUAAAGCUCAGUGUAAACAAGGCACCUACUCAUCAAAUGGGCUUGAAACCUGUGAAUCGUGUCCACUGGGCAGUUAUCAGCCCGCAUUUGGUUCCCGGAGCUGCCUCUUCUGUCCAGAAAACACUUCAACUGUGAAGAGAGGAGCCGUGGACAUUGCUGCUUGUGGAGUACCUUGUCCAGUGGGAGAAUUCUCUCGUUCUGGGUUAAUGCCCUGUUAUCCAUGUCCUCAAGACUACUACCAACCCAAUCCAGGGAAAUCCUUCUGCUUAUCUUGUCCGUUUUAUGGAACUACAACCAUCACUGGCGCCAGAUCCAUCACAGAUUGCUCCAGUUUUAGUUCAACUUUCUCAGCAGCAGAGGAAAGUAUAGUGCCCCUUGCUUCUCCUGGGCAUAUCAAAAAGAAGUAUGAAGUCAGCAGUCAGGUUUUCCAUGAAUGUUUCUUAAACCCCUGCCACAAUAGUGGAACCUGCCAACAACUUGGGCGUGGUUACGUCUGUCUCUGUCCAUCUGGAUAUACAGGCUUAAAGUGUGAAAUAGACAUUGAUGAAUGCAGCUCGCUGCCAUGCCUCAACAAUGGAAUUUGUAGAGACAGAGUUGGGGAGUUCGUCUGUGAAUGCCCACCUGGUUACACAGGUCAACUGUGUGAAGAAAAUAUAAAUGAGUGUAGCUCCAAUCCUUGUUUAAAUAAAGGAACCUGCGUGGAUGGCUUGGCUGGCUAUCGCUGCACAUGCGUGAAAGGAUACAUAGGCCCGCACUGCGAAACAGAAGUCAAUGAAUGCCAGUCAAGUCCGUGCUUAAAUAAUGCAGUCUGUGAAGACCAGGUUGGGGGGUUCUUGUGCAAAUGCCUGCCUGGAUUUUUGGGUACCCGGUGUGAAAAAAACAUAGAUGAGUGUCUCAGUCAACCAUGCAAAAAUGGAGCUACCUGUAAAGAUGGUGCCAAUAGCUUCAGGUGCCAGUGUGCAGCAGGCUUCACAGGGCCUCACUGUGAAUUGAACAUCAAUGAAUGUCAGUCCAACCCAUGUAGAAAUCAGGCCACCUGUGUGGAUGAAUUAAACUCAUACAGUUGUAAAUGUCUGCCAGGAUUUUCAGGGAGCAGGUGUGAAACAGAACAGUCUACAGAUUUUAACCUGGAUUUUGAAGUUUCCGGUAUCUAUGGUUACGUCAUGCUGGACGGCGUGCUUCCAUCUCUCCGUGCUGUGACCUGCACGUUCUGGAUGAAAUCCUCUGACACCACCAACUACGGAACACCCAUCUCCUAUGCACUUGAGAAUGGCAGCGACAAUACCUUCCUCCUGACUGAUUAUAAUGGCUGGGUUCUUUAUGUGAAUGGCAAGGAAAAGAUAACAGACUGUCCGGCCGUGAAUGAUGGCAGCUGGCAUCAUAUUGCAAUCACUUGGACAAGUACUGAUGGAGCCUGGAAAGUCUAUAUCGAUGGGAAAUUAUCUGACGGUGGUGUGGGCCUUUCUAUUGGUUCGGCCAUACCUGGCGGUGGUGCCUUAGUUCUUGGGCAAGAACAAGACAAAAAAGGAGAGGGAUUCAACCCAGCUGAGUCUUUUGUGGGCUCCAUAAGCCAGCUCAACCUCUGGGACUAUGUCCUGUCUCCACAGCAGGUGAAAUCGCUGGCUACCUCAUGCCCAGAGGAACUCAAUAAAGGAAACGUGUUAGCCUGGCCUGAUUUCCUGUCAGGAAUUGUGGGGAAAGUGAAGAUCGAUUCCAAGAGCAUAUUCUGUUCUGAUUGCCCACCUUUAGAAGGAUUGGUACCUCAUCUGCGAACUGCAUCGGCAAACUUCAAGCCAGGCUCCAGAAUCAGUCUGUUCUGUGAUCCAGGCUUCCAAAUGGUUGGCAACCCUGUGCAGUACUGUCUGAACCAAGGACAGUGGACACACCCACUCCCUCACUGUGAACGCAUUAGCUGUGGGGUGCCACCCCCUUUGGAGAAUGGCUUUUAUUCAGCUGAGGACUUUCAUGCUGGCAGCACCGUGACCUACCAGUGCAACAAUGGCUACUAUUUAUUGGGUGAUUCAAGGAUGUUCUGUACAGAUAAUGGGAGCUGGAAUGGCAUUUCACCAUCAUGCCUUGACGUUGAUGAAUGUGCCGUUGGGUCAGAUUGUAGUGAGCAUGCUUCCUGCCUGAAUACGAAUGGAUCCUACAUUUGCUCAUGUAUCCCGCCCUACACAGGAGAUGGUAAAAACUGUGCAGAACCUAUAAAAUGUAAGGCUCCAGGAAAUCCAGAAAAUGGCCGCUCUUCUGGUGAGAUUUAUACAGUGGGUGCUGAAGUCACAUUUUCGUGUAAAGAAGGACAUCAGCUGAUGGGAGUGACCAAAAUCACGUGUUUGGAGUCUGGAGAAUGGAGUCAUCUGAUGCCGUAUUGUGAAGCUGUUUCCUGUGGUACACCAGCUAUUCCAGAAAAUGGUGGUAUUGAUGGAUCAGCGUUUACCUUUGGCAAUACAGUCAUAUAUAGGUGUAAUAAAGGAUAUACUCUGGAUGGUGAUAAAGAAUCAUCCUGUCUUGCUAGCGGUUCUUGGAGUCACUCUCCUCCUGUGUGUGAACUAGUCAAGUGCUCUAGCCCUGAAAACAUAAAUAAUGGGAAAUAUAUUUUAAGUGGGCUUACCUACCUUUCUACUGCAUCGUAUUCGUGUGAGAGUGGAUACAGCUUACAGGGCCCUUCCGUCAUUGAAUGCUCCGCGUCAGGCAGCUGGGACAGAGCGCCACCUACCUGUCAUCUUGUCUUCUGUGGAGAGCCGCCGGCCAUCAAAGAUGCUGUCAUCACUGGGAGUAACUUCACGUUUGGGAACACUGUCACUUACACUUGCAAAGAAGGCUACACCCUUGCUGGUCCUGACAUCAUUGAAUGCCUGGCCAGUGGCGAGUGGAGUGGAAGUAACCAACAGUGCCUGGCUGUCUCCUGUGAUGAGCCCCCCAACGUGGAACACGCCUCUCCAGAGACUGCCCAUCGGUUAUUUGGAGACAUUGCAUUCUACUACUGCUCAGAUGGUUACAGCCUGGCAGACAAUUCCCAGCUCCUCUGCAAUGCCCAGGGCAAGUGGGUUCCUCCAGAAGGUCAAGACAUGCCCCGUUGUAUAGCUCAUUUCUGUGAAAAACCCCCAUCUGUUUCCUACAGCAUCUUGGAAUCUGUGAGCAAAGCAAAAUUUGCAGCAGGCUCAGUUGUAAGCUUCAAAUGCAUGGAAGGUUUCGUACUGAACACCUCAGCAAAGAUUGAAUGUAUGAGAGGUGGGCUGUGGAACCCUUCCCCCUUGUCCAUCCAGUGCAUCCCCGUGCGCUGCGGAGAGCCACCGAGCAUCAUGAAUGGCUAUGCAAGUGGAUCAAACUACAGUUUUGGGGCCAUGGUGGCUUAUAGCUGCAACAAGGGGUUCUAUGUCAAAGGGGAAAAGAAGAGUACCUGCGAAGCCACGGGACAAUGGAGUAGCCCCACACCCACAUGCCACCCUGUAUCUUGCAAUGAACCGCCUAAGGUUGAGAAUGCCCUUCUGGAGCAUGCAACUGGCAGGAUCUUUGAGAGUGAAGUGAGGUAUCGGUGUAACCCAGGCUAUAAGUCGGUUGGAAGUCUUGUAUUUGUCUGCCAAGCCAAUCGCCACUGGCACAGUGAAUCCCCUCUGUCAUGCAUCCCUCUCAACUGUGGAAAACCUGCUCCAAUCCAGAAUGGCUACAUGAAAGGAGAAAAUUUUGAAGUAGGGUCCAAGGUUCAGUUUUUCUGUAAUGAGGGUUAUGAGCUUAUUGGUGAUAGUUCUUGGACAUGCCUGAAAUCUGGCAAAUGGAAUAAGAAGCCAAACCAAAAGUGUGCGCCCACCAAAUGCCCAGAGCCGCCCCUCCUGGAAAACCAGCUCGUAUUGAAGGAGUUGACUACUGAGGUGGGAGUGGUGACGUUUUCCUGUAAAGAAGGGCAUGCUCUACAGGGCCCCUCUGUCCUGAAAUGCUUGCCAUCCCAGCAAUGGAAUGAUUCUUUUCCUGUUUGUAAGAUGGUUCUUUGUCUUCCACCUCCCCUAAUUUCCUUUGGUGUUCCUGCACCUUCUUCUGCUCUUCAUUUCGGAAGUACUGUCAAGUAUUCUUGCGUGGAUGGGUUUUUCCUAAGAGGAGAUCCUACCACUUUCUGCCAAGCUGAUGGUACCUGGAGCUCACCACUGCCAGAAUGUGUUCCAGUAGAAUGCCCCCAACCUGAAGAAAUCCUCAAUGGCAUCAUUGACGUGCAAGGUCUUGCCUAUCUCAGCACAGCUCUGUAUACCUGCAAGCCAGGCUUUGAGUUGGUAGGAAAUACUACCACUCUUUGUGGAGAAAAUGGUCACUGGCUUGGAGGAAAACCAACAUGUAAACCCAUUGAGUGCCGAAAGCCCAAGGAGAUUUUGCAUGGCAAAUUGUCUUACACAAACCUACACUAUGGGCAAACCAUUACAUACUCUUGUGACCGAGGCUUCAGGCUUGAAGGUCCCAAAGCCUUGACUUGUUUGGAGACAGGUAAUUGGGAUGUGGAUGUCCCAUCUUGCAAUGCUAUCCACUGUAAUCCCCCACAACCCAUUGAAAAUGGUUUUGUAGAAGGUGCAGAUUACAGCUAUGGUGCCAUGAUCAUCUACAGCUGCAUCCCUGGGUUCCAGGUAGCUGGUCAUGCCAUGCAGACCUGUGAAGAGUCAGGAUGGUCAAGCUCCAUCCCAACGUGUGUACCCGUAGACUGUGGUCUCCCACCUCACAUUGAUUUUGGAGACUGUACUAAGGUCAAAGGUGGUCAGGCGUAUUUUGACCAAGAAGAAGACACAAUGGAAGUUCCAUAUCUGACUCCUCACCCUCCUCAUCCUCUGGGAGCAGUGGCUAAAACCGGGAAAAACACAAAGGGAUCUCCUGCUACACAAUCAGCAAACUUUCUGUAUGGCACCAUGGUUUCAUACACCUGUAAUCCAGGAUAUGAACUUUUGGGGAACCCUAUGCUGAUCUGCCAGGAAGAUGGAACUUGGAAUGGCAGUGCACCAUCCUGCAUUUCAAUUGAAUGUGACUUGCCCGUUGCUCCUGAAAAUGGCUUUUUGCAUUUUACGGAGACUACCAUGGGCAGCGCUGCAAAAUAUAGCUGCAAACCAGGACACGUUCUGGUGGGCUCUGACAUAAGACUUUGUCUACAAAAUAGAGAGUGGAGUGGUACUUCCCCACGCUGUGAGGCCAUUUCAUGCAAAAAACCAAAUCUGGUUAUGAAUGGCUCCAUCAAAGGAAGCAACUACACAUACCUGAGCGUGUUGUAUUAUGAGUGUAAUUCUGGGUAUGUGUUGAAUGGCACUGAGAGGAGAACAUGCCAAGAAAAUAAAAAUUGGGAUGAGAGUGAGCCAACUUGCAUUCCUGUGGACUGUGGUUCACCCCCAAUCUUAGCCAAUGGCCAGGUGAAAGGAGACGAGUAUACAUUCCAAAAAGAGAUUGAGUACGCUUGCAAUGUAGGGUUCUUACUUGAGGGAGCCAGGAGUCAUGUUUGUCUUGCCAAUGGAAGUUGGAGUGGAGCCACUCCCAUGUGUGUGCCUGUCAGAUGUACCACCCCACCACAGGUGGCAAAUGGGGUGAUGGAUGGCCUGGACUAUGGCUUCGGGAAGGAAGUGAUGUUCCACUGUCAGGAGGGCUACGUGUUGCAUGGUGCUCCAAAACUCACCUGUCAGUCAGAUGGGACCUGGAAUGCAGAGGUUCCUCUCUGUAAACCAGUCAACUGUGGACCUCCAGAAGAUCUUGCCCAUGGCUUCCCUAAUGGCUUUUCCUUUUAUCAUGGAGGCCAUAUACAGUAUCAGUGCUUUCCCGGUUAUAAGCUCCAUGGAAGUCCUUCAAGAAAAUGUCUCUCCAAUGGCUCCUGGAGUGGCAGCCCACCUUCCUGCCAGCCUUGCAGGUGUUCCACACCAGUAAUUCAAAAUGGAGCUGUCAACGGGACAGAUUUUGACUGUGGAAAGGCAACCCAGAUUCAGUGCUUCAAAGGCUUCAAGCUCCUGGGCCUUUCUGAAAUCACCUGUGAAACCAAUGGCCAGUGGAGCUCUGGCUUCCCACGCUGUGAACACGCUUCUUGUGGUUCUCUCCCAAUGAUACCAAAUGCAUUCAUCAGUGAGAGUGACUCUUUAGAGGAAAAUGUGAUAACUUACAACUGCAGACCUGGGUAUGUCAUACAAGGCAGUUCAGAUCUGAUUUGUACAGAGAAAGGGACUUGGAGCCAGCCUUAUCCAGUCUGUGAGCCCCUGUCCUGUGGACCACCACCAUCUGUUGCCAAUGCAGUGGCAACUGGAGAGGCACACACCUAUGAAAGUAAAGUGAAACUCAGGUGUCUGGAAGGUUAUAUGAUGGAUACGGAUGUAGAUACAUUCACCUGUCAGAAAGAUGGUCAUUGGUUCCCUGAGAGAAUCUCCUGCAGUCCUAAAAAAUGUUCUCUGCCAGCAAACAUAACACAUAUACUUGUUCAUGGGGAUGAUUUCAGUGUGAAUAAGCAAGUUUCUGUGUCAUGUGCAGAAGGGUAUACCCAUGUGGGGGUUAACAUAGCAACAUGUCAGCUUGAUGGCACCUGGGAGCCGCCAUUUUCUGAUGAAUCCUGCAGUCCAGUUUCUUGUGGGGAACCUGAAAGUCCAGAGCAUGGAUUUGUGGUUGGCAGUAAAUACACUUUUGAAAGCACAGUUAUUUAUCAGUGUGAACCUGGCUAUGAAUUAGAGGGGAACGGAGAACGCACCUGUCAAGAGAACGGGCAGUGGAGUGGAGGCGUAGCAACGUGCAAAAAGGCCAGGUGUGAAGCUCCGCUUGGGUUUCUGAACGGGAAAGCUGAAGUUGAAAACACCACCUCUGGACCCAGCGUGGUGUAUUCCUGCAACAGAGGCUAUAGCCUUGAUGGGGCGCCUGAGGCCUACUGCACUGAAAAUGGGACUUGGAGCCACCCAGUUCCUCUCUGCAAACCAAAUCCAUGCCCUGUCCCUUUUGUGAUUCCCGAGAACGCUCUGCUUUCUGAAAAGGAGUUUUAUGUUGAUCAGAAUGUGUCUGUCAAGUGUAGGGAAGGCUUCCUGCUCCAGGGCCAAGGGGUCAUUACCUGCAACCCCGACGAGACGUGGACUCAGACAAAUGCCAGAUGUGAAAAAAUCUCAUGUGGUCCACCAACUCAUGUAGAAAAUGCGAUUGCUCGAGGCGUACAUUAUCAGUAUGGGGACAUGAUCACCUACUCGUGUUACAGUGGAUACAUGUUGGAGGGUUCCCUAAGGAGUGUUUGCCUAGAGAAUGGAACCUGGACAUCACCUCCUAUUUGCAGAGCUGUCUGUCGAUUCCCAUGUCAGAAUGGAGGUAUCUGCCAACGCCCAAAUGCUUGUUCCUGUCCAGACGGCUGGAUGGGGCGCCUCUGUGAAGAACCGAUAUGCAUUCUUCCCUGUCUGAACGGUGGUCGCUGUGUGGCCCCUUAUCAGUGUGACUGCCCCUCUGGUUGGACGGGGUCCCGCUGUCAUACAGCUGUUUGCCAGUCUCCCUGCUUAAAUGGUGGAAAAUGCGUCAGACCGAACCGAUGCCAUUGUCUCUCGACUUGGACAGGACAUGACUGUUCCAGGAAAAGGAGGACUGGGUUUUAACCACUGCACAACCAACCAGCUCUCCUAAAAGCAGGAUCAUCUCUUCCUGGUAGUCCUGGGCAUCCUGGAACUUACACAAAGGAAUUCCAACACGGUGCUGGGUCUUGUUUUGUUCAGUAAACUUGUUAUUUUGGGUA